UGUGAUUUUGAGGUCGUCGAAGUCGCUUUUUUGUCGCUUUUGCUGCGGUUUUGUGUUUCCGAAAAAGGAAAGUCACGUGGGAACAGUAUGUCGUAAUAUUGGAUAUAAGACGGUAACGCCCUCGGCCCUUUUAGGAAUAGCGGUAAUUUGCUUGAUUAUGUAAGUUGAUUAGAUAAGUCGCAAAAUUAUUGCCUUUUUGGGAACGACAUUGACAUUCUAUCGCAGAAGUAAAAAGCAAAAGAAGAAAAAAAUGGAAAGACGAGACGAAGAAUAUGAAAUAAAGAGGACUGAAGUGGCCGAUGGAGGAUAAAGACAAAGGGAAGCUUGGUAGGUGCUUACUAUCAAAGGUCGGGUGUCACUGAUAUACUCCGUAGCCUUGUGGUUACAUGGCACAGGCUGGUCACAGAUAGUAUACCUCCGAGGAUGUGCAAUUGGGCAGGAUCGACCCGGUGCUUUCAAGGGGCAGAUUGUCUUAGAAGCUACUGAUGAGCAUCGGCAACACUGACGUUGGUCUCUAUCCUCUCCGCGGCCGCUAUGUAUGUCUGCAUGUCUGCAUGUAUGUGUGUCUAUCUCUGCAGUGAGGCUAGAUCCGGCAGAGCCCAAACUACAACUUGGUCCAUGUGACUCGACAGUGCGAUGUUCCCGGCGCUGACUUCCCCAAAAGCAACAAGACAGGACUCAGACUGUUGCAGCUGUGGCUCGGUCAGCAUACUACAUGACAUGUAAAUGUAAACAGCAGCCGAGAAGCACCCCACUAUACCUCUUUAUACAAAUGCCCACUAGCUACCUGUCCCCUCACACGUCUAUAAACCACUGGCUUUCUGCGCACACAGUAGCCAGUGGACACUCUCCCACAUAGAUAUAUAUAGACGAAAGGCGUAUGGGGUUAGUUGUAAGUACAAUUAAAGACCCCUGCAGCGGCAAAGCCUAAAAGUUUAAUCCUCGGACCUUGGCAAAAUGACAUCCGACUUUCUUUUCUCGCCCGGCGAAGCUCGUCUUUCGGUAGUCAACAAGAGCGACAACUUGGAUCUUUGCAUUGGAGCAGGCUUCCGGCCCCGUCAGUCCAUGCGAAGAAGAGGUGACUCGGCCCGCCGGUCGUGAUACAUAGGGGCUACCGGAAGACAACACUUGGAAGUAUUUAUUUCACUGUGGUGGUGGGUAGUAUCGUCAUUGAUCUGGCGUUGUCAGAAGCUGUCAUUCAUUGAACUCGCUGAAUGGAAGCCAUGACUGCGACUAUACAAUAGAAAGGCAAGAAGCUUAUUUUCUCGAUGGUGAGCUGUGUUCUAUGGUACUAUCAACUGACACCACCACCCUUUAUUCCAUCUGCUGAUGUGUUCGCUGCCCCAGAUUUAUCAUCACCCAGCGCGCAUGAUCCCGACGCAGCAUACAUAACUGAGUCUCAGACAUAUUAUUCUCAUCUCACUCCCGCCGACGCUCCUCUCCUAUCAUACCUGUUCUGACGACGGUAUAUUAUGACCAGCAUCACGGAACAACAUAACGACCAGAUGGCGAAUUUCCCCGAACAAGCAGACCAACUAAUGGACUAUCUACUGGCUGCACACAAACUGGAAGACCUACAGGCCUCCCUUCUCAAUUCCCUGUCUACCUGCGGCUGGACCGAACGGGUACGAAGCCUUGCCUUUGAACUUUUCCGAACAGAAGACCACAGUCGUUUUGAGGAUGUGGUGGACACCAUCGUCAGCAUGGCUACCUCGGGCAGUGGGGCAAGCUCGGGCUCGCCUUCUUUAGGGAAAAGAAAACGGGACGGAGAAGACGAUUCAAAACUGGCCAACGGAGCCGUGAAAAAUGGCAAACGUGUAAAACCGAACCCUACCACCAGCACCGCCAACGGAGCCGGAGAAGUGACGGUGAAGAAGGAGACUACGGAAGGUAGCAACUCCAUACCUGAGAGUGGCCCACUAGCUUCAUACGGUAGCAGUGUAUCAGAUAUCGUGGCGCACUACAACGUUCAAAUUCCCGAACGAGCUGUGAACAACGGCGUUAAAUUCCUACAGGAUUCGAUGCAUGAGUUGUUUAGCUCCGAUACUGAGGACCAACCAAACGGCACCCGGGGCCAUGACCCAGAGAGUGACGAUGAUAUACCAAUUGCAAGGAAAGAAAUGAAGAAAAAGGCCAGUGACCCGCCCAAGACUAACGGUCAUCCUUUACCGAAAAGCAAUACCGGAAGCUAGCAGGCAUCAUCUCAUCUUGCUGCUUAACUCUCUAUUUUUUUUAAUGGGCGUAUCCAGGGUCAAUGGCGCUAUCAUGAUACAUCGUUUUAUGCUUUUGCUUUUUCCUUUUUCACACUUUUCAACCCUCAUAUCCUCACUUUUAAUAUGGAAUGUGGACUCUGCUUGGUGGGGGGAGGGGAGCAACGAUAGAAGGUGGCUUUCAAUAUUCUGGCUUGUUUCAUUUACAUGGGAAUUCGUGUUUCGUUUUAUUUGUGUUGCAUGUUGUGUGUAUGUACAGGUAUGGCAUGUGGCAUUUAAACCGGCUGGCGCGUCAAUGGCGUCCUCUUGCGGUCUUCGAAACUCUUCUGAUCCUUGAUGGUAAAUCCUCUAUAUCACUUUGUCCUUGUAAAUGUUGAUUAGUCAUCAGGCGGUGAUACACUUUAGCGCCCUCCCCUUGUCAUUGGCACCUCUGUCUAGGCUCCAGCGCUGCGUGGUCACUUCGUCCUGCAUAGGACGCCCGGUCCAGCGCUUUCCAGCGCCUUCCA